AUGGCGCCGUCGAAACAAAUCACCGUCACGCCCCGAUAUCUGCUCCCUCGUCUGACGUGGAAUGGGACCCCGCGCAUCACCAUCACCGCCGUGCAGGGUGCGCCGGUUUCGACUGUUCGACCUCACAAUCAGUAUAACCGGGCCGAUGAGUAUCAUAUAGGAAGUCGCAAGUUCCAUGUAUCAGCAGACAUCGUCCGAAAUACCUCUUCCUCUUCAUCGUCGUCGUCUUCAUCAUCGGCGCGCUUCUCCCCCUCCCCCUCCCCCUCACGACCUUCCACCAGCCCUGGCAAUAGCACACCCAUCCGACACAAUGGUGUCUAUGUUGCGGCAUUUAAACCAGCACGACGCGCAUUUCAUGCAUCGGCCGUCAUGCGCCGCGAACAUCAUUUUGAUACAUUAAAGUUCGUGCAGAGGCUAAAAGCCGAGGGCUUCAGCGAGGACCAAGCUGUGGCCAUGAUGAAGGUGCUUAAUGAUGUGAUUCAAGAGUCGAUCCAGAAUCUCACAAGGACCAUGGUUUUAAAAGAGGACACCGAGCGGGCUACAUAUACACAAAAAGUCGAUUUUGCGAAACUGCGAUCCGAAUUACUCAACUCCGACUCGACGGAAGCACAAUUAACCCGUUCGUCUCACGAGCGAAUAGCCGCAGACUUGGCCAAGAUGAACUCGCGAUUGCGGGACGAAAUUGGACGCACACAAGCUUCGGUGCGACUGGAUUUGAAUCUAGAAAAGGGACGUAUCCGCGAGGAGGCUAAUAGUCAAGAAAUGCGGAUCAAGGAGACGGAGACGAGGAUUGAGCAGGAAGUCGCUGGGCUGAGAGAGCGGGUGCAGGCUGUGCAGCAGUCGACUUUGCAAUGGCUUGUUGGUGUUUGCACCGGUACUGCUGCUCUCAUUGUCGGUGCCUGGCGCUUGUUGAUAAUAAUGAUCUAUGCAUUCAAAAAUCAGCAAUACCUGAUUUGCUCCGCUGCUUAUGCCCAUUCUGCCAACAACAUCAGUCUGUUGGGCGUAUUACACGUCCGACAAAACCAAACUGAAAAUCUCCACGAAUACGCAAAUUACACCUAUCGACUGCGAGAUGAAUACCACAAAGCUGUGUACGGCUAUCUCCUUGAUAAUCCUCCAAAGACUGGGAUUGUGGGAAUUGCGCACUCGCAUGUUCUGGCCAUGUCUACGUUAUGGACGAAUAUGGUUGGAAACUCGAACUCCGGGGGUAUCAAGUGGCUUGAUGCAAAUUUGAGCACUCUUUUCAGAUUAAUUUAUCACUAUCUUUACCCGUCGAGUCCAGUCAAUUCAGCCUCAAAUGUCGGACAGGAGGAGUCGACCUUGGAGUUCUCUUUCCGGCAAUCGAAUCAUAUCAACAAGUUGACCUCUGCAUUUGAAGCAAUCAAGUCGAUUGCGUGGGAGAAGCAUCAGAUAAAUAUAACCUCAGCAAAUAUUAUAGCCCCAGACUUUUUUAACGAUUCGAUGCGCUUCAUCCUCAGUCAAGCCGCCGGAAAGGCCGAUAUACAUGUCCUAGGGACGAGUAGCCCGAGAGAAAUGAUAGAUGCUUCUCUCGAUUUUUUAGUCGACAACGCUACCAGGGACAUGGUACAAAGGACAGAUAAAAAUGUUCUGAUUAUAGAUCACGAAUUUUUAUACGUUGAUAUUCAACCGGCGGGCAAAAUGUGUGGACCGCUCAUUCCGCUAUAUAACCAAGGAGCGCACUAUAUAACAUAUGCACUUAUGAACAAAACUAUAGCUGAGGAUGAGGAUAUACGACAGCAGAUUAAUCAAGGUGCAUCUGAGGUGACUCUAUACAAUGCUAUCUACGAGGCAAGGCUGCUCAUACGAGAUAAGUGUAAUCAUGAGGAUGAUUACUGUGAUGAAUGGGAGCUUGACUUGGAUGGCUGGUGGGCUGGAGAAGAGAAGCGUGCUGUCCUACGACGAGAGGAUGUUCAAGCCGUGGACGAAGCCGAGGAUAUUGACGCUGUAGUGAUUCUGGAAAGUCACGGGGAUGCUCGUCUCAUCAAACGAGCUGUCGAGUUGGCUAUUGGGGAGCAUGUUGAGUUGGUUGGUGGCGGUCCAGGAAAUUCCACACUUGUAACUGAAGCUGCUGCUCGAGCUGCAUUUCUAGCUAGAGAGAGGAUAAAGGAUGGAUGCUUGGGACAGAGGUCCGGUCAUGAUGAGUUAUAG